CCGCGAUGAUGACAUGAACUAAAUAUAGCCGCAGAGCUUCUCAGGCACAGUAGGGGCAUACGUUCUAACAUUUAAUGACCGGUAUUUAGUCGGACAUGACCAGAAGGUUCUGUGGAUGUGAGUUUUGUAGCUGCUUUGUAGCUGAUGUAAAUCUAAUUGUAUACUGCUAUGUUGAAGUGAGUUAGAUAUGACUGAUGUGGAGGCGACGUAUGAAGACUUCAUAGCCUCUGGAAGGACUGGCAGGAGGAAUGCAGUGCACGACAUUUUGGGGGACUCCAGUGGGCUGGACCCAAGUCAGCUCUCCCAGACUCUCUCUGAUCUCAACAUCAACAAAGCAGAUGAGGGGAAUGAUGGUGAGAAAAGCCAGGGCUCCUCAGACUCUGACCCCAAACCAGAUGAGGAUAAAGAAGAGGGAACAUAACAGGCUGCUGUGAGAAGAAGCGGAGGAGGAAAAAUCCCAUCAGCUCCCUCAAGUGGCUGAUCUGAGGACUGAGCAUGGAAGAGCUGGAGUACACACGGAGGUGGAGGUGGUGUCCUCUGCUGGGCUGUUCUGGAGUUAGCAGCAGCGGCUUGGCCUUUAAGGCACAGCUCCUGCAGUUUACUGGAAGGGGCUGGGCCUGCAGCUUCAGUAACGGAUGAGGCGUUCUGCAGUAGUGUCACUGAACGGGUCAGUUACUUCAAUACCAUAGCUGAUGUAGGCAUCACCUCCCCUUAGCUAAUCACUGUAGCUGUUAGCUGUUCAAAUGGAGCUAAACCUAUGAGACCUCCAGCCUGUGCUGCUGAUGUGUAGAUGCAGACAGAUGGAGGUGUAGGAUUUUCUUCGACUGCUGUGUUUUUGAUGCAGGAAAAUGUAGACUUUUCAAAGGGAAUGGAGAAAGACUUGAGUCAUCUUUUAGCAUCGGUACUAUGGCUCAUAACUUCAAAAGUGGCCGUGCUGAAAUGUGUAUCUGAGUGUUUUUUGUAUGUAUAUGUAGUGUUGUAAUUUGAAUAAUGUAUUAAUUUGACAUUUCAGUUUGUAUUUUUCUAUUAUUAUUAUUAUUAUUAUUAUUAUUAUUAUUAUUAUUAUCGAAUAAACACAAGUACUUAACCUUCACAUAACACAGAUGCUCUUCUAACCAUUGGACAAGUUAGGUGUCAUCACAAGUGAAAAAUGUAAAAAUAUGGUCUAAAAGGGUCAUGCAUGACACAAAGCUAUAUAUUCCUAAUAUACUGAGAGAAUAUACAUGUAAACGUGUUUACAUCCUGCUGCCAUGUAAAAAAAAAGUGAGCUAUACCUUUCGAGUAUGUUGUGAUUUAUUGAUUUGUGUUUGAGUGGUUUUUUUUUCUAAGAAGAAAACAAAACAUUAAACAAAAAUUCUUCCCAGAAACUGCCUAGUUUAUCUUUUUGAAACUGCAGUUUGAGCUCAUAUACACUUUUCAUAUUUCUGUCUUCCAUACUUGUUCAAUUGCUAUGUGACAAAUUUAGUAAUAAAGAAUAAUGGAUCACGUUGCUGUCCUUAUUAAUAAUUUUUCACUUGCAAAUAAAUAGAGUUUGACAUGGAAAAACUA